AUGGAAUCCCCUUCCAAAACCGCCCCGAAGGCUAAGAUUCAACACCCCGACGAUCGUUUCACUCUUCCGGGCUUUGGUCUUCGAUUGGACUACACCCCGGAGGCAAUGAAUGGAUAUGGAGUCAGGACUCGUUCGUUGUUUCCGACUGUGUUGGAUGAUAGGGAUAUUGAAGCGGGAUAUAUUGAUCAACCCGUUGUGACGAUUCGAGAGAAGAAGAUGCUUCAGCUAAUCAAUGAGUUUACAGAUAAACAAGAUUGGUUUGAGAAGGUGUUUGAUGCAUGCUACAUCCAAGUUUGGACCAAGGAACUAAGAGAAGACCCGGAAGUAACUGAGAACAUGAUCGACUGGUUAACCGCCGAACUCAAAUACAAGGCUAAGAUUGCCAGGAAGAUUGGCUUCAUUAAUGUCUUCAACGCCGAUGUAGUCAAAUCCUGUGCAGAUUUCUUCCAGCACGAGAAAUUUCGGACAGAAUUGUGUAAUGCGAUCAAGAAACUUGAGCAGGGAUUGGGGACGGCUCCAGAGUACCAGAUGGCCACCGAGGAACGAGAAAUGGACUACGUACAUCCGUCGUUCUUCCCAGUGGCAUUUGGCAAAACAAGGGUUCUUCCAGAUCGUCUAAUUGGUCUUGAUGAUGCCGUAGCAAGCAUGGGACAGGGAGAGAUUAUUCCGGUGCCCCAGGAUCCAGGUCCUUCGCGCCAUGAAUUGAGCUGGAAUAUCGCCUCACGCUCGGAUAUCAUGCCGCGUCCUUACAGCUCACGGUUUCAAUGGCUUCCUAGCGAUGUCUAUUUCCGACCUGAUGGGAGUUCUUAUUUCGCCAGCUAUAUCAACAAUAUCCAUCCAUCAAGAGAUAAAACACUCUAUACGGUGCUGGAGAAGCUACUAGACAAGAUUAUUCCCAUGUGGGAUCUGACACUCACCCCAAUCAAGAGUCCGAUUCAUCCUCGGGCUCGAGUCGAGUUACAGGAAGUUCGUUAUGUGGAGAAGGAGCCCGGCAAGACAGAACCAAAGCCGGUUGAGACUCCGCAAGAGGAACGGGGUGACUACGAAGAGAGAUUACGGUUUUGGAGAAGGAAAUGGUUCAAAGCCGUGCAACCUGAACCGGGAGAGUUUGCACCGGUUGGCAUCCCGCCUGAAAUCAUGAACGAUCUGCCCCCUACUGAGCAGAACAAACAUCGCCUAUUGGACUUGAUGAAUUUGAAGAAAGAGUAUGGCCAUCGCGGGUUGCAAGUUAUUGUUAGGAUAGCAGAUAUGGCUCCGACCCCUGAUCAACCGAUAUUUGAGGUUCCAUGGCAUAUGGAGGGGCAGAUUAACGAACACCUCUGCGCUUCGUCAAUCUAUUUUUUCGAGAUGAAAAAUAUCGAGAGUGUCCGCAUGCAUUUUCGUCAAAUAUCCGACACCCAAGCCUUCUCAGACCUGAACUAUGAGCGUGGAGAUACCAUCUGGCUCGAAGACAUCUUCGGUAUGAAGCAUGACGAAUCCCCGGUGCAGGAAGUCGGGUAUAUCGAAUGCCCCCAGGGAAGAAUGAUUACAUGGCCCAACACCUUACAGCACAAUGUCGUCUUCACCUUAAAGGACAAGACACAAGUGGGACAUGUGCACGCCAUCAACUUCAUGCUAGUCGAUCCCAAUAUCAGGAUUAUAUCGACCGCAAAUGUGCCCCCACAGCGAUUGGAUUGGAAACCCGAGACGGAGGAGGCACAGAAGAAAGGUAUAGAUGUGAGGAAAGCUCCGAUGGAGGAGAAAUUCAAGAUUUUGCCGAGAGAGGGUGAUUUCCCGUGGGUGUUGGAGGAGGCGAGAGAGAUUUUGAUGGAGAAUACGGACGAGCGGAAGAAGUUUAAUCACUACCAGAAUGUUGCUUUUCAUUCGAAGAAUAUUUCGCUUUGA